AUGUUGUUCCAGAGUAUUCUUGUGUCUCUCGCGCUGCAGGCGAGCAGCGUAUCAGCUGAUAUCUUAAUUCAAAGAGAAGCUCCGCUUACUGGGCAUACGUUUGAUUAUGUGGUUGUCGGUGGUGGCACUGGUGGUAGUGCCCUCGCGACACGAUUGGCACAGAAUAACCUCAAGGUCGCCCUGAUUGAGGCUGGUGGACACUACGAGCUGGAGUCUCUUGCUGAGGUUCCGGCAGCUGACGUACUUCCUGUUGGAUCUGACCCUAAUGCGAAAUCACCCGAAGACUGGGGAUUUGUGACGAGGGAUCAACCAGGUGCCAAUGGCCGAGCUAUCCACUAUGCGCGCGGAAAGUGUCUCGGAGGAUCAUCUGCGUUGAACUUUAUGAUAUACCAGCGACCGACGCGUGAAUCUAUGGAGCAAUGGGCAACGUCAGUCAACGACUCUAGUUAUACGUUCGAGGAAGUUCUACCACUAUACAAGAAAAGUGUUGACUUCACCCCGCCCAACACGAAGUACAGAGCCGAAAACGCCUCAGCGAGUUACGACGCCGACGCAUACGACUCGGAGGGUGGCCCAUUGCAAGUGUCCUACGCCAACUUUGCCAUGCCGUUUUCCUCAUGGAUGAGCCUCGGAAUGGAUGCGAUUGGCAUCGACAAAGCAGAGGACUUCAACACAGGCACACUGAUGGGAGCACAAUACUGCUCCUCGACUAUCGAUCCCGCCAACGAGUUCCGCAGCAGCUCUGAGGAAUCAUUCCUUUCCAAAAUUCACCCGAGAACCUUGACCACAUACGCCAACACUCUUGCAAAGAAGGUAGUGUUCGACGACAACAAGAAGGCAACAGGUGUUGAGGUCAAGGGCAUGCUGGGUAACACGGUGACCCUCAAGGCAUCGAAAGAAGUCAUCAUCUCAGCUGGCGCUUUCCAAUCACCUCAGCUGCUGAUGGUAUCUGGCGUUGGGCCUUCCGAUCAACUGCAGCAGCAUAACAUUCAUGUUAUCGCCGAUCUUCCAGGUGUUGGUCAGAACAUGUGGGAUCACCCUUUCAUGGCUCCCACCUACCGAGUCCAAGUGACGACCCUGACCGAAUUUGCGACUAAGUUGAUGUACGCGGCUAAACAAGUGGCCGGGGGAUUGAUUCUGAAGAAGGGAUUCUUGACAAAUCCAGUUGCCGACUUCCUGGCCUGGGAGAAGAUCCCGCAAUCCCUGCGCAAGUCUUUCUCUCAAGACUCGUUGGACAAGCUUUCUCAGUUCCCCAGCGACUGGCCCGAAGCAGAGUAUAUUUCCGGCGCUGGAUACAUCGGCAAUGUUUCAAACCUUUUGACAUCCCAACCCAGAGAUGGUUAUCAGUAUGCCUCGAUGCUCGGCGUUUUGAUCACACCUCUCUCCCGCGGUAAUGUCACCAUCCAAUCUGCAGACACCAAGGAUCUGCCAGUCAUCAACCCCAACUGGUUGGACGAUGAAGCGGAUCAAGAGGUUGCCAUUGCGAUGUUCAAGCGUAUGCGCGAGGCAUUCCAGAGUAAAGCUAUGGAGCCGGUGGUGAUUGGCGAGGAGUAUAACCCAGGUCCCGAGGUUAAGACUGAUGCUCAAAUCCUUGAGUUCAUCAAGGACAAUGUCAUGACCCUGUGGCAUGCUGCCUGUACUUGCAAGAUGGGUACGGAGGAUGACGAGAUGGCCGUUGUCGAUUCUCGGGCGCGGGUCUUCGGCGUUGAUGGAUUGCGUGUCGUGGAUGCCAGCGCUUUCCCCUUCCUCCCUCCCGGUCAUCCCCAGUCCUCUGUUUAUAUGCUUGCUGAGAAAAUCGCCCAGGAUAUCAUCGAUAAUGCUUGA